AUGGCUUCCACUGUGCAGUGUAUACAGCUUGAUGCCGUGACAUGCCUUGAACUUGUGGAGCCGCCCGUGAGACAAACUGAGUUCGGCAUUCGUGAUGCCAAAUUGUCUCGAAUGGAGCGAGCCUCUUCGAUCAAGAGAUCGUCCGUGAGGAUGGCCUUGCCGUCAUUGUUAUUUUACAGCGCAAGAAAAGCCGACUCGAACACAGGAAACCCGAACACUGCAAUUCAUUUUACGGCCUUGAGGGACAGUGAAUGCAUCUUCUGGCGCAUAGAUGAUACGAUGCGCCGUCGAGCGCGAUAG